CCGCGCGGCGGCCUUUGAAAAGCGGCGCGGCCGAUUCAAGAUGGCGGAGGCGGAGGAGCUGCCGGACGAGAGCUCGUCAGCAAAGGCUCUUGUGAGUUUGAAAGAGGGUAGCUUGUCCAGCACAUGGAAUGAGAAGUGCAUUGCAUUAUCCAAGACUCCUCCAUGGAAAGGAAGGAACUCCUGCUCGGCUGUUGAGACGCCAACAAGAAGCACGAAGAGGAGUCGACUCUUCAAUGAGGAGGACGAGAGGCAUCUGCAGAGCACCAAGUCUCCCAAGAGGAGCCAGCGAGUUGCCAUGCAUCCUCAGAAAUUCCCGGCCAUCUUGGCGACACCUGACAAGAAGGCCGCCCAGAAGAUCGGCUUGCGGCUCCGGAACCUGCUGAAGCUGCCCAAGGCCCACAAGUGGUGCAUCUACGAGUGGUUUUACUCGAACAUUGACAAGCCGCUUUUCGAGGGGGAUAAUGAUUUCUGUGUGUGCCUGAAGGAGUCCUUCCCAAAUCUAAAAACCAGGAAGCUGACCAGAGUGGAGUGGGGAAAGAUCAGGAGGCUGAUGGGGAAACCCAGGCGCUGUUCGGCAGCUUUCUUUGCGGAGGAGCGGUCUGCCUUGCAACACAAGCGACAGAAGAUCAGAGUCCUGCAGCAGAGGAAAGUGACGGAGCUGUCCCAGUACAAAGACCUCCCAGACGAAAUCCCGUUACCACUAGUUAUAGGGACAAAAGUUACUGCACGACUUCGAGGUGAUCACGACGGCUUGUUUACGGGACAAAUAGACGCAGUCGACACUAUUAACGCAACCUACAGAGUCACGUUUGACCGGACGGGGCUUGGAACGCACACUGUGCCCGACUAUGAAGUUCUUAGCAACGAGACGCACGAAACCAUGCCCAUCACCGCCUUUGCACAGAAGCAGCGACCGUCCAGAUACUACCUGACGCCACCCCGACUGCCGUACACUACCAGCGGGCAAUCGCCCAUCACGGACAACGAUCCACUUUUGGGUCAGUCACCGUGGAAAAGCAAACUAUCGGCCACGGAUGGAGACACACUUGGGGGGUUCCCUAUAGAAUUCCUCAUCCAGGUGACAAGACUAUCCAAAAUACUCAUGAUCAAGAAGGAACACAUCAAACAGUUGAAAGAAAUGAACACUGACGCGGAGAAACUGAAAUCCUACUCUGCCUCCAUUGGAAUAGACUUUCAGAAACGGUAUGCGACCAUUGUUUUAGAAUUGGAGCAGCUCAACAAGGAUCUGAACAAGGUGUUGAAUAAAGUCCAGCAGUUUUGUUAUGAGCUGGCUCCCGACCAGGGCCUGCAGCCCAUGGAUCAGCCGACGGACAUGCGGAGACGGUGCGAGGAGGAGGCUCAGGAGCUGGUGCGGCAGGCAAACAGCUCGCAGACCGGCCAGGCCAGCGUCAGGAACGAGAACCUCACCGACCUGAUCGCCAGGCUCACCGCCGUCCUGCUGCAGAUCAAAUGUCUGGCAGAAGGAGGGGACUUAAACUCUUUUGAAUUCAAGUCGUUAACAGACUCGUUGAAUGACAUCAAGAGCUCUAUAGACUCCUCCAAUGUAAGCUGCUUCCAAAACAAUGUCGAAAUCCACGUUGCACACAUCCAGAGUGGCCUGAGUCAGAUGGGGAACCUGCACGCCUUCACUGCCAACAACACCGACAUGGACUGAGGGGACUGGCCUUCACCUCGCCCAGGGACUCGUGAGGAAGCUGUGCUGUGCUGUGCUGUGCUGAGCUCACCUGGCGCGGGCAGGCAGGCAGGCAGGCAGGCAGGCAAGAGGAGAGCGCUUUUUUAAAAAGAUAAAAACACAAUUGUACAGCCAAAUAAAAGCCGAUGAGAGAGCGAUUUCCGAGCGCGCUCUCUGUACUUUUUUCAUUACAAAAUGUAGUGCAGCAGCCUGAGUUUUUCAGGAAUCGGAUUUAUUUUUGUAUGUUUUGUCAUUUAAAGGUUUAUUACCCUUGCUUUCUCAGUGUAAAUAUUACCUGUAAACUGAAGGUAGGUAUCAGAUUGACUGUGUGAUGGAUCUGAAUUAUGUAAAAAUGUAAAUAGUUUUUUUUUUUUUUUUAGAAAAAGCACAAAAAAAAAAGCUAUGUUGUGACUCCCACCUCCUGAUGUGCUGGUUGCAUCAAGUCCUAGACGGUGCUCAUAGUCUCCUCCCCUGCCGCUGGUCCCUGCUGCCAUCUUCUCCAGUGUGGAUCAAGCCUCGUGACAGAGCCCCCACUCCCUGUCCACAGCUUCAGUCCUCUACCACCACCUUUAGCCUUCAAGCACGGCUUUUCACAAGACAGCAAUCAAUGGCUGUCUCAGCCCCCUUCACCGCACAGAGUGCCAGGGCUUUUCAGAUGCGAGCUUCCAAGAGAGGGAGUGACCCCCAUGCCUCCCCUCUCCCCCUGUGUUAUCACCUCCCCUCCUCCCUCCCUCCCUCCCUCUCCAAAUCCCUUUCCCGGCUCAGAACUGAGUGAGAGACGGGAAGAGAUCACAGUAAGUUGCCUCUCCUCUUCCUCCCCACCCCAACAUGUGUGUGAGCAGUGGCCCGAACCAGAUGCCCCUCAGUGCGGGGUCUGUGCCUUUGUGGAGGGGGAGGCUGGAUAUCCUCUACCCCACACUGACGAGCAGCUGUAAUGCAAGUUACAGCAGAUGCUGGAAUCCUGAGCAAAACACACAAUGCUGGAGUAACUCAGUGGGUCGGGCAGCAUCUGUGGAGGAAAUGGACAGUGACGUUUGGGCUUGGGAUGAUGGAGGAAGAGGAAGAAAACUGCAUUCAUCCAUAAAUCCCUCGCCAGGUCUUGUCCCACCCCUUCCCCUCACCCUCACUACAUCUCCAUUAGUACCUACCCAAAACCUCGUCUGUCCAUUCCCUCCACAGAUGCUGCCUGGCAACGCCAAGUCCCUCCAGCACUUUGUGUUUUGCUCGGCUACCUUACUUGGUAGAUUAUCCUUUGCUUGUCAAACUGUUCCUCGUAAAAUUAACUUGCUCCCGCCCCCACGCGCUCUCCAAAUUCUCCCCACUCCCGCCACUGUCCCUGGAGCACGGGACCUCGGAUGCAAGUUGUGCAGGGGAGUUGGUCUGUCAUCUGAAAAUUGGUCAUUUUUAAAAAAAAAUGUUUAAAUGUUCAUAUUGUAAUGAGAGUAGAUAAUGAAAUGUUUCCAGUUGAAUGUAGAUUACUGUAAAGUUUUGAAUCUUUUAAAUUUCCAGUUUGAAGAGUAAGUUUCGGGGAAAUCACGACAAAGAACCUUUUUUGAUCACUAAACGGAACCUGGGCAACUUUAUAAAAGUUUCAACAAAAAAUGAAUAGAACUAUUAUUUUCUGAUAUCAACAGGUUUUGUACUUGGUUGAAAAAGGUUUUUUGUAAAGUUCUUUGGUUAGUAUUUGCACCUCCAUUUUUUUUCUUCUUCUGUCCUACUUUUCAAUGUAAAUAGAUAUCUUUCUCCCAUGGCACUCUUCCAAACUUUCUGCCAGAUAGUUCUAUAUACUGUUGUAAUUAAAUCUAAAUGAGUGUAUGUAGUACUGCCUUUUCCCAUAUGUUACCUUUUGUAUGUAUAAAAUUGAAAGCAGCUUUAAAUAUUUAUAAAUAAAGAUAAUAUAUAAUUAAAAUGGCAUUUUUCUUCUAACACUGAGUAUUAUUUUCUUGCAGAGGAUUCCUCUCCUUUUAAUCUUGCCCCUCUUCCCACCGUCCUCUGAGGUUUGGAGGUGUAUCGAGUUGUACAGCGCGGAAACAGGCCCUUUGGCCCAGCUUGCAUGCUAACCUAGAUCCCCCAUCUACACUGGUCCCAUCUGCCCGCAUUUGGCCCAUAUCCCUCAGCUUUUCCUAUCCAUGGACCUGCCCAAGUAUCUAUUGAAUAUUGUUAUUGUACCUGCCUCAACGACCACUUCUGGCAGUUUGUUCCAUAUACCCACCACCCUGAGUGAAAAGCCUAUUUCCUUCGCUCCAUAGAUGCUGCUGCACCCGCUGAGUUUCUCCAGCAUUUUUGUGUACCUUCAAUUUUCUAGCAUCUGCAGUUCCUUCUUAAACACCCUGAGUGAAAAGGCUGCCCCAUCGGGUUCCUGUUAAAUCAUUCCCCUCUCACCUUCUAGUUCUUGAUUUGCCCAACUCUGGGUAAAAGAUUCUGUGCAUUCACCUGAUCUAUUUCCUGUAUGUUUUUAUGCACCUCUAUAAGAUCACUCUUCAGCCUCCUGUACUACAAAGAAUAAAAUCCUAGCCUGCCCAACCCCUCCUUCUCGUUCAGGCCCUUGAUUCCUGGUGACAUCCUCGUUAAUCUUUUCUGAACUCUUUCCAGCGUAAUGAAAUCUUUCCUAUGACAAUGCAGCUAAAAGUGAAGACAAUAUUACAAGUGCAGCCUCAGCAAGAUCUUGUACGACUCCCAACUUCUAUAUUUGUGUCCUUACUGAAGAAGGACAGCAUGCCAAACCCUAUCUACCUGUGACGCUACUUUUGGGGACUCCUCGAUCCUUUUCACUAUUUUUCGCUACACGUGACAACAAAGCAAACUAAACUCUGCUCUGCCACAGUCACUCUCCAGGGCCCUGCCAUACAUUGUGAUUCCUGUAUUGGUUUGACUUCCCCAAAUGCCACACCUCGCACUUACCUGAAUUAAAAUCCAUUUGCCAAUUCUCGGCUCUCUGACUCAAUUGCUCAAGACCCCACUGUGAUUUCUUGAUAAACAUCUUCACCAUGACAUUACCCAUUUUAUGGAGUUUUGCAGCGUGGAAACAGGCCCUUCGGCCCAACUUGCCCACACUAACCAACAUGUCCCAUCCUCGCUAGUCCCACCUGCCUGCAUUUGGCCAAUAUCCCUCAACCUUUCCUAUCUAUGUACCCAUCCAAAACCAUUGUGCAGAUGCCGAGAAGUGUGUUCAGCUCUGGCUGAACAACUUCUAAUCUUGUGUGUGGACUCGAUAAGAAGACCCAUCCAAAAUUAUCUUAAAUGUCCCAGCCUCAACUACCUCCUCCAGCAGCUCGUUCCAUGCACCCAACACCCUUUGUGUGAAAAGGUUACCCCUCAG